UCUAUUUCCUGGUUGUUGGCGAUCAUGUGCGCUGUCAACAUGGCGGGGAGAAAAUGUCUUGCAGGACCCUUUGAUAAAAUACAUAUCUUCGGUGUAUUCCUGGCCAUAUUUGUAAUAAACUUUGUCGUUUCUGCAGAUCAGGAAGUCGAAAGCAAAGUACUGUCAGUCGCUGACACCAACUGGACUUUGAUCCUCGAAGGAGAAUGGAUGUUACUGUUCUAUGCCCCCUGGUGCCCGGCCUGCCAGCAGAUAAAAGAGGAAUGGGACAUGUUUUCCCGGGAUAGUGCACCACUGGAUGUCUCUGUGGGCAAGGUGGACGUCACCCAGCAGCCAGGUCUGAGUGGACGGUUCCUGGUCACGACGCUGCCUACUAUUUUUCACGCCAAGGAUGGAAAUUUCCGGAGGUACUUGUCAUCACGGACGGUGGAGGACUUCCAGAGCUACAUCACUGAGAAGAAGUGGGAGGUGGUAGAACCUGUGCCAGGAUGGAAGUCACCGUCCUCGAUUGUAAUGACAGGAAUGGCUGGCCUCUUUCAUCUCUCUGUGUGGAUCAGACAAAUCCACAGUUACCUGACUGAAACGCAGGGGCUGCCAGCGUGGACGUCCUACUUGAUAUUUGCCAUGGCGACGUUGCUGACAGGACUCAUCCUGGGCCUGGUUCUGGUUUUGAUCGCAGACUGCCUGUGUCCAUCGAGACCGAGGCACAAGUCUGGAAAAAAAGAGGAGUUCCUGAAGGAUGAUUUAUCCGAAGACGAGGCAAACGCCUCCCUGAUCGAGGAGAAGCGGCCAUUUGACUCAGAGAACGAAAAUGAGAAUGAGAUGGAGCACAUGAUCUCCGGAGAGGAGUCCGCAGGAGAAGAGGCAGUGACCACUGUGGGGGCGGACGACGGCAAUGACAGCCAGCAGCCAGAGGGGGCGACGGAGAGUGAAGUGAGACACCGGAAGCCACAGGGAUCAAAGACAGCAGAAGAAGAGACCUAACCCCUGUUUCCUAGCAUGGCCUACAGGAUUCGUGAAAGAAGAGUGUCGACCCCGUGCACACGGGCUAGGGGUGCCAGCUACACGGCACACGCCCAUACGGAAUGACCUUCAGAUGACCUUUAGUUGUUUAAAGUAAAUUCUGCCUCCCGCUCCUCGGCUUGCCUGCUGUACCGUGCAUGUCAUUUCUCUCUCGUCUCUGCAAAAACACUCCUGCGCUACAAGGAUAGUGUGCUGGCUUUGGCUCAGGUGGGUAACAAAAUCUGCCAUAAUUUCUUCCAUAAUUUAUCAAAUUAACAAUAAUAAUUCAAUAAUUUAAUUCAAUAAUUUAAUUCAAUAAUUCCUGUCUAAAACUGCAUGGGUUGUUUCCAGCAAAAGCAGUUUUGUUUUGAAUUAUCCCAGUACAAUUCAUAACACAUUUGGUAAACAAGAUUCAUUCAUUAUCUGACCCUACAAUCCCUGCUCAAUAAUGUUAGGCCUCCAUAGUGUGAUAAAGAAUUUUUUUUUUUUUUUUUUUUUU